AUGAGUUACCAGACAGCCUCCAGCGACUACCCCGUCACCAAAGCGACACUGCUCAACCCAGAAUGUACAAGACCACAGCAGCAGAGCAUCGACUCCACUCAGCAGCCACGAAACUCCUGCUCAAGUCUAAGUGCCAUCAACUUCGACCUCGCCCAACAACUAGAGAAGGCAGAACAAGGUCUCGAACGCAGGCACGCGUCUAUGGCAGAAAUGAAGGAGGACCUGGUUCGACUGUGGAAGGGAUCCAAGGAACAAGAGGCCAAGCGAGAAGAGGCGGAAGCUGAGAGCAAGCGGCUUCGCACCCUUGUCGACCGACUCAGCAACACUUCCGCUCGACGCGGCCGGCACAGAAGCCGUCUUGCCAGGCCUCCGCGAACGAACGAUGGCGGCCCUUUCCCCCACAGCGUCCGUGGCAUACGAUCGAUAACGACCAUGGUUGUGACAGCGAUCUUCUUUGCCGACAACGCAGAUGGCCAGCACGAUUCCGCCGCCACCCCGCGUUCAUCAGGCAAGAGCAUCCCGGGACACGAAGGGCAGCGUGGCUUCGUUCACAUCUCUUGA